GGCACUACGUUUUACAACUCACGCAGUUUGUACUGUAAAUAGGCAGCUCAGCUCGAAGGAUAAAUAGUAGAAGAUCGAUUUUCCAAAAGGACGCGACCACAUCGAAGACUAAUCCAUGGUUAAACAACUAUUCGACUGUCAAUUAAAAAGGUCACGAUGUCGAGAUUUAUAUUUGGCUCGAUAUUUUUCGUCAUUUAUUUCCAAUUGUCGGUUGGAAAUGCUAACAUGCAAAUUGUCGGCGAUCUAUUCCCUCCUGUCAAGGGGUUGAAGAGGUUGAAAAGGGUGGCGGACAUUCCGUUCACUACAUUCUCCGAAAGGGUGUACGCUUCUAAGGGUCCGACUAGAAAAGAGUACGACUAUAUAGUCGUCGGUUCCAGUCCAUCCGGAUGCGUUAUUACGAACCGAUUGACGGAAAACAGCGCGGUCAACGUCCUCCUCAUCGAAGCCGGUUAUGAAGAUAACAUUUUGACCGAUAUCCCGAUCCUCAACGUAUUCAUGGCUCUGACGGACUGGAAUUGGAAGUUCACAGCGGAGUUCAAGGAAGGCACAUGUGCCGGAAUGUACGAAGAACAGUGCCCAUGGCCGUCUGGAAAAGGUCCAGGAGGUGGAACGAUUUUGAACGCGAUGAUCUACACGAGAGGAAAUUUCAGGGACUAUGACAACUGGGAAAAGGAGGGAAAUCCAGGUUGGAAAUACAAUGACGUCCUUCCUUACUUCAGAAAAGUGGAAAACAUGAUGAUCAAUGAUCUACGAGGUUCGAAAUACCAUGGAACGACAGGGCAUUUACCUUUGAACUACGUUCCUUUCGAAACGCCCCUUCUAGGAGCUUUCCUUAAAGCUGGAAAGCAUUACGGCUACUCCUUAGUGGAUUACAAUAAUCCUAAUUCUCACAUAGGUUUUUCGCGGAUUCAAUCGACUACAAGGAACGGUGAAAGAGUGUCGGCAGCGACGGCCUACCUCAAACCUAUUUUACGAAGAAAAAAUUUCCAAUUCACUCUCAGAAGCCGUGUGACGAAGAUUUUGAUUGAUCCUAGGACAAAAAGGGCUUACGGUGUAGUGUAUACGAAAGAAGGCAAAGAGUACGUAGUUUUUGCGAAAAAAGAGGUGAUACUAUCAGCGGGCGCUUUUAACAGUCCGCAGCUUCUGAUGUUGAGCGGCAUCGGACCGAGACAUCACUUGGAACAAUUUAACAUUCCCGUGAUACAAGAUCUGCCUGUUGGUGAUAACUUGAUGGAACACAUAGGAAUGCACGGCCUUGUUUUCCUCAUCAAUCAAAACGUGAGCAUCAAUCCUUUUAGAAUCGUGGAUCAGAUCCUUCCGACUGCCCUUCAGUACGUAGUCGGCACCAAAGGAAUUUUAACUUCUCUCGGUUGCGAAGGGGUUGCCUACAUGAAAACAAAGUAUUCAAACAGUACAGAAGACUACCCGGAUAUCGAGCUGCUUUUCAUUUCUGCAGGUUUAAACAUAGAUUCAGGUCUACUAUUAAGGAAGACAUUCGGGAUUGACGACGAGACAUACGAAAAGACGUAUCAACCGAUCGACGGGAAGGACACGUUUUCAAUUUGGCCGAUGGUCCUGUAUCCUCAGAGUAGGGGUACAGUCAGGCUGAAGGACGCAGACCCUCUCAGCAAGGUCAAGAUUCAGCACAACUUUCUCGACAGUCGGAUCGACGCUCUGAUCCUAGUGGAGGCCAUUAAAAUCGCGAUAGCCCUAGCCGAGUCUCCGCCAUUCAAGCAAUUCGGCGCCCGGCUUUAUAAGAGGCCUUUCCCCCAGUGCAGGGCGUACCAAUUCGGUACAGACGAAUACUGGGAGUGCGCCGUGAGGACGAUCACUACCCAGUUCCACCAUCAGUCCGGCACGUGCAAAAUGGGUACCGUCGUCGAUUCGCGACUUAGGGUUAAGGGUGUCUCCAGUCUCAGGGUGGCCGAUGCUUCCAUAAUGCCGUCCAUAACUGGCGGCCACACACAAGCACCGGCGUACAUGAUCGGCGAAAAAGCCGCCGAUCUCAUAAAACAGGACUGCAACGGUCGGCCCGGCUUUACUUCUCCACUGGAGGGCAAUCAUUUAAGAAAUGAGGAAUUUGGAGAUACGUUGGAUUUGUUUGAUUACAACUAUAAUUUUUAAAUCGUUGCUAUGACUCCAAUUGACGAAUUAUGUACAUACAUGUAAUAUUUGCCAUAUAAAAUAUAGCUUUAUUAAGAGAAAUGCUGCUUUUGUAAUUAGUUUAGUGUCGAUUAUUUUACCUAAAUUAUGGACUGUUUACUUAAGCCAUAUUUAAUUUUAAUUGUCCAUAAAACAAUGAUAAAAAGACUGACCCCGCCUCAAGAAACUUCAGAAGUGCUUCGAGUAACAGAACUCUUUUUACUGUAGUGCGAACUAUUACGAUAUAAAGUUGUUAUGGACUUACAUAACUGUUUAAAUGUACAUAAAUUUUAAGUACAAAAACAGCAAAUCAAUUUUGUUUUUAGUUAUACUUAGAAACGGCUUUAUGCCGUUUACUUAUUUCAAUUUAUGAAGAAUUUCGCUUUACCUCUAUGUAUUGUUUCAUUCAAAGAAUGUUAAGCAAUAUGUCUUAAACAAAAUAAACAGUUAUAA